GCCAACGAGCAUGUCCUCUGCGUUGCAGUGUUACUGGUUAUAACUUUGUUUAGAACUGGGUUUGUGGAGUCUGGACAGUUGUCGCAUUGAGCGAUGGGAGUGCUAGAGGAGUUUGCGCCAACCUUCGUGCAAAAGCCGGGUUUGAAGCGCAAAGAUGGCGGAUUGCGAAUCGAAUGCGAGAUACAGGCGUCGCCGCUACCAACGGUGAAAUGGUCAAAGGGCGACCAGGAGGUGAGGGAAGACGAGCAUCUGCGUUGUGGGAUCGAUCAGACAGGUGGCAGUCUCUAUGUUGUUUACGUGGAGAUCAAGAACGCGACACAAGCUGAUGCAGGACAGUACAGCCUGCGGGCCUCGAAUAAACUUGGCAAUGUCAUUUCUACAGUGAAUUUGGACUUUGAAGCCCCAGGAAAACCUGUUCCCAAGGUCGAAGGACAGCCACCCACCUUCUGCGUGAAACCUACAGUCAGGCAUGACAAGGAACGCAAUCGCCUCGUCUUCACCUGCGGAAUACUCGCCGACCCGAAGCCCGAGGUCACGUGGCUGCGCAACGACGUGCGUCUGACGGACGUCGGCCGCCACGGCGUCGUGCUGGACGCAGACGGCAAAUCUCGCUACGAUGCAACCUUGUCCGUGGACCGUGUCACGGUCGAAGAUGCCGGAAGCUACAAGAUCAUCGCAAGAAAUGUCCUCGGAGAGACAACGGGCACGAUCACGAUCAAUCUGGAUUCCACGGCAAUGGCUCUUCCGAAGAAGGGUAUCAAACCAACGUUCACCCACAAGCCGGUGAUCCAGCAGUCGGAGGAUGGCGAUACCAUCACGUUUGAGUGUCGUCUCAGCUCCGAUCCUAAGUCAACCAUUGCGUGGUAUCAUGGCGACAAGCAGAUGAGGGAUGAGGUCAAGAUUGAGAUCGAAGAGAAGAAGCAGAAACCUUCCUUUGUGGAGAAGCUCGUUGACAAGAAUGGGAUUGUCGCAGGCCUUAUUGAGCUUACCUGUAAAGUCGAGGGUCAUCCCAUGCCAACGGUGACCUGGUACAGUGUUAAGUGGUACAGAGACACUCACGAACUACGCUCGGACGAAAAGUUCACGAUUGAAACUAAAGAUGGCAGAUACAUUUUGCGCAUCAAGAAUCCAGAGGUCACCGAUGUCAGUCAGUACAACAUCAAAUGCAACAAAGUGACGUCUGCUGCACGACUCGUCGUAAUCGGUAAGGCUGCAUUUUAG